AUUUACAGUUGCAUCACAUUCUAAUCACAUCAUGGAGAAAUUCUCGCGCUGGAGGGAUCAAGGCACAGGCAUACAGCCGUUUUUGCCACCGGUGCCUGCAAAUGCAGAUCACUCGCCUAUUGAGAAGACCCUGACUGUCAUCCUAAUGAUUGUCAAGCCUAUCACAGGAGUUGUCAAAUUGGCGUUGGUCAGUGUUGUGGUCCUUGCAUUUGUACUCUUUCAAAUGGCUGGGCUGGCGCUGUCUCCUCUGGGUUUCUUGUAUAGGUUAUAUAGCCGCUUGAUAAUGGCCAUCUUUGCGCGAUUUAUCCUUGGCCUUUUAGGCUUUUUUUGGAUCAAACAUGAAGUUGUUACCAUCCGACGGGGACGUAGUUCGAGUACGAGCAAAAACCAAAUAUCCGCCAAGAAGUCAACUUCAUCAGGAAACCUUAUUGUCUGCAAUUGGUCAUCUUAUAUCGACGUCCUUUAUUUGGCGUUCAGAUAUAAUCCUGUAUUCACCCAGAUCUAUCUACAGACGUUGACUGUUCGUGAGGUGACAUUCUGGGAGGCACUGCGCUUGUCAGGAAGCUAUCCAGAGCUGUCACCACCUGAAGGCGUUGAGACAUGGCCUCUUCUGGACUUUGUUAAAGCAAUGCACAGCAAAGGUGCCGGCCCCGUUGUUGUCUUUCCUGAGGGUACCACAACCAACAACAGAGCCAUUUUGAAAUUUGUACCGAUCUUCAAGAGCUGUUCUGUGCCCGAAACAUCAAUCGACAUCACUGUUAUGGCGCUCAAAUAUGAUUAUUAUAAAUUCGCGCCAACUUUCACUGUCGGGCUCAACAAUUCUUAUCGUUUUGGACACCUGUUCCGCACAUGUGCUCAGUUCUACAAUUCACUCACUGUUAAGAGCCUUGCUUCAGAGGAAUCACCCUCUAACCCAAACUUCUCGGCAAUGGAUGGUCUCUCUAGCACUCCCUCUGGCGCAGCCAUUGGCGUAGUCGAACCAGUGGAGGAAGACGCUCUUGGUAGUGUAAUCAUGAACUUAAUGGGACGUUUAACCCGAUUCAGAAAAUUGGGAUUAACCGUUCAGGACAAGGUGGACUUUCUGGAUUACUUUAUCCUCAGGAACAAUGGUAUUGGAAGUAUGAAAAAGAUCUCAACUCAGAAGGCAACCUCAACCUCAGCCUUAUCCUCAUCAAGAUCGAGUCGCUCGAAGAGACAAUAAAAACAAAUCCUAGCAGUAAAUUUAAUACUGUUGCGGACUAGCCAUUAUGAAUGUGAAUCCAGAUAGA